CAUUGUUAUCUAAAUACUAUAAACUGGUCGUCGGAAGCUGUCGUCUAAUCAGUGUUGAUGUCAGGCUAGUUAGGAGAGCAAUGAGCGGCUAAUUUCUACAGCAUCCUAUCACUUCCUCUCAUGAAUGGAUGGCGCAGACGAAAUACCAUAUAUAUAAUUCAUUGCUUCUCUAAUAUUUCAUGAGGUGCAAUUCAAUGUGGAUCUCCCCCAGGCUUGGAGUACAUGCACCUUAACGCCGGCUAACUUUUUUGGCCAUUGCAAGUUUGGUUUAUUUUUCUGGUUUUUUGUUUCAACGGUGGUAAAUGAUGUUCCCUAACAUUUUAACGCCGUCCCCUUUGUACCAGAGCAUGCUCCGGAGCGCAUCUGUAGGCCAGCAGCCAAGUUCUGCCUCAACGUCAUUUCUCGUGGAGAAUCUCUUACGGGACAGAGGGUCAGGUUUGGUGGCCCGACCCCUCCCCGGGACAGUGCCCGUGUCCAGUUCUCUCGGGCAACGUCCAGCAGACAGUCAGUCGUCGACUUCCUCCACCCCUACGAGCACGCCGUAUCUGAAGUUUGGCGUUAACGCUAUUCUCUCUCCAGACACGCCAUCUAAAACAGGUCUUAGUUUUAGUAGCCCCUCUCUGGCGUAUAGCCAUUCUUUGCCUGGACUCGGCACAGGUUGUGGGGGUAAGGUGUGCGGGAGUCUGUCCUCGCAUGGUCUUAGUUGUGUUGGGUGUAACCCUCGUCACCAGGGUCUGUAUGAAGGCCACCUCCCAACCCUCGUCAGACAUCCCUACUUUUCAGCAUCUUCACUACUGCCUAUCCCUAACGCGUUCUCCUUUCUGAGCACAAUGCGGGGGAAACCUAGACGAGGAAUGUUAAGGAGGGCGGUCUUCUCAGACGCCCAGAGAAAGGGACUAGAGAAAAUGUUUCAGAAACAGAAAUACAUUAGCAAACCAGACAGGAAGAAACUUGCGGGAAAGCUUGGCUUGAAGGAUUCACAGGUUAAAAUAUGGUUUCAAAACAGACGGAUGAAAUGGAGAAAUUCCAAAGAGAGAGAACUUCUGUCCUCUGGUGGGUCACGUGAAUCUACUUUGCCCAAUAAAAGCAACCCAAAUCCAGAUUUGAGUGACGUCAGUGAUGACCAGAAAGAGGCUGGAGAAGAGGGAGAGUUUGUGGCGGAGUCAGCGAGACGAGGAGAUUCCCCUACACCCGAAAGCGCGCCUGCGCUGUGCGAAUCGGUGGUUGAGGCGGUGCCGGAGAUGUCAGAGGCGACCGGGGCGGGAUCAGACAGUGAGGAAGAAAUCAGCGUGUCCUGAGGAUACACCAAACGACGAACACUGCAAUAGCUGGCGGAGGCAGCCAGUGAUCUGUGUGAUCUGAGUGAGCACAAAAUUCUAAUCCGCGUAACAUCUCGGUCACUGGAGAAAACUGUGAACUUGUACAGACAUGAUGGUUAAUAGAACAGUGGAAAUAUUGACUGAGGCCUCAUCCUAGAGGCACUGAAGUGCUAUAAAGACAUCACGAAACUUCCAGAAUGGACUUCCAGAAUCGUGUACAUCAAAGGCCAAAUUGAUGCUAUAUAUGUCCCUAGUCAGUGUACAGCUAUUAACUUCCCAAGGUCUUCCAACAGUGUCCAAAACUGUACUACUGGAACGCACGCCCUCGAUACUCUUCCAAGAUGAGGAUGUCGUGUGAGUGGACUGAUUAUAGAUAAGUUUUCUCUAAGCAAUCAUUUCUUAUAUUAGGCGCGAUAUUUUACUUAAAGUGUUUCUUACAGAGAGUGAUAUAGGUAGAUAUUUUAUAUCUAAUAUGACCGGAGGUGAUUGGUGAUCCUGCCAGGUAAUCCUGCUAUGCGUCGGUUAUAGGCUGAACGAAUGACGGAACGCAAACAUGUCCUUCUCCAGAUAUAGAUAAUAACAGUGGGUUGAGAUGGAAAAGUAAAAUCAUGAAAUGAGAAGAGGUUCAAUGUUUGGGUCAAGACCAUUACUAUCGCGUAAUCUUGACUUAAUCACAUCAGGUGAUUUCUGACAAUCCCAUUCUGAGUGGAGAAAAAAAAAUGAUGGUAACGUGAAAACGUAUAUGCUCGUGUAUUUAUGUAUAAGCUGAUAGAGUUUAUUGCUAUCUUGUGUUUUUAAAAAUUAU